AGCCUCUAGACCAGAGUUCUACUUAAACACCAUUAACUAACGCUGUUCAUCCUCGAUGUUGUUCCUGGGUUUGAUUCUCUGAGCAAAAGUCCACAAGAUCUCCACCGGUGUAAUUCUAUGAGCAUUGCAAAUAAUUUCACUGGGCACUCGUCGAACUCAGGUCGCCCAGCGGUGCAGAAAAAUCGAAACAGAAAACUGGGCUCGGCAUGGCUUCCAGAGAAGAGACCGAAAGCUUGACCGAGGAGGCAAUCUGCCCCAUUUGUCUCGAUUUCUUCACCGAUCCGGUAAUAUUGGAGUGCGGGAAUAACUUCUGCCGCUCCUGUAUCUCUCAGUGUUGGAAAAAGAAGAUGAACUGCCCGCAAUGCAGACAGAAGUGUGGAAAACAAAGUAUCCGGGUGAACCGGUCCUUGGCGAACCUGGCCGAGAAAGCGCGAAAAAUAAAGCUGGAACCAAAAGAGCAGGAUGGCCAACCCCACUGUGAGGAGCAUCAGAGAGAACUGAAGCUGUUCUGUGAAACGGACAAGAAAUUGAUCUGUAACAUUUGCAGAGAUUUGCGGGAACACCAAGGCCACCGCCUCCUGCCGAUUAAAGCGGCGAUUGAAAACUACAAGGAUCAGCUGAAAGCUUCCUUAGAUUCUCUCACACAGAAGAAAUCCCACAUUGUAAAAACGGAACAGAAACAGAAACGGAUGAUUUCCCAAAUUAAGGCGAGCAGUCUGCAGACCCACAUCACAUCCGAGUUCACUAAAAUGCACCAGAUUCUCACUGAGAAAGAGCAGCGUUUACUCAGAGAUCUCAGACAAGAAGAGAAGAGGAUUCUGGUGAUUAUUGAGAGGAAUCUUGAGAUUAUCCAGCAGAAUAUAAAUUCUAUUGAAGAUGAAUUCUCAAAGUUGCAGAAACAAAUGGAGCAGCAAGACGAGCUGACAUUUUUGAAGGACAGCGUUUCCUGGAAUGGAAGGAAUAGUGUGGACUCUCAUACAUUCUCUGUAACAGAUGUCGCCUUUUCUCUUGGAAAGUUUAAUGGGCCUUUACAGUACACAGCCUGGAAAUAAAUGAUAGACUCCAUUAACCCCGUUCCAACCUCUUUGACUCUGGAUCUGAACACAAAGAAUCCUCGGCUCAUCCUGUCUGAGGACCGGACCAGUGUGAGACUCGGAGAUAUA